AUUGGCCACAAAAGACUUGAGAGAGUUUGUUUCUCAUUUUCUCUCUCCUCAGUCCUCACUCAAAUUAUUCAAAAAGCAGACCAACCGCUGCCCCACUCUCACUCUUCUUCUUCGACAUAAACAGUUUACAUUUUGAUUUUUGAUCAAAUUUAAACAAAAUUUCAUCGAAAAUACAAAUGCUUCUCUUUAUUUCUCAUAUUCCCACACUUGGAUUUCUUCAAUUUCGCCAUGAAUGACUCUCUUUCCUCCUCUUCUUAUAACUCUGCCUCCAUUUCUGUUGCUGAACAGGAUGUCGAUCCAAUUCGAAGAAGCACCAAUAGCACCUAUGCUUUGUCAUUUGAGCAAUCAAGACACUGGAGAGAUGUUUUCUGGUUAGCUGUUUUCAUUGUACACUUGGGAGGGUUAGGCCUGCUUCUAGUUGUUCUUGGCCUCAAUAGAUUUAAGAAGAAUGAUAGACUAAACAUUGAUAGAUAUACAUAUGGGUUCUUGGGCCACCAUCAUGGUCUCACAGAGUACUAUUGGCCUUUGUAUGCUGUUGCUGCUGGGGCUGGUACAGUACUUGGAUGGACUUGGUUAUUACUGCUUGGUUCUCAGGCUAAUCACAUGAUGAAAGUUUCAGUGCACAUUUUAACUACUUAUCUUGCUGUGAUUAGUGUUCUGUGUUUUUGGGCAACACAGUUCUUCUGGGGCAUUACUUUUGCAAUUGGAGCAGUCAUACAGUUCUUGUAUGUCAUCUCAGUUAUAGACAGACUGCCAUUUUCGAUGCUCGUGCUGCAGAAAGCUGUGAAGAUGGCAUGGAGCCUUCCUAAAGUUAUGUGCGUAGCAUAUGCUUUCAUUCUGGUCAUGCUUUCAUGGAUGGUGUUAUGGUCCUUUGGAGCAGCUGGUGUCGUGGCUUCAAGCAUUGGUGACAGUGGAAGAUGGUGGCUUCUUGUGGUACUUUCUAUAAGCUUAUUUUGGACAGGUGCCGUUCUCUGUAACACAGUUCAUGUGAUUGUAUCUGGCAUGGUUUUUCUUGUUCUCUUCCAUGGUGGGCAAGAAACAGCAUCUAUGCCUCCUAACUCAUUGAUGAAGUCUUUGCGUUAUGCUGUGACAACUUCGUUCGGAAGCAUCUGCUAUGGGUCACUCUUUACAGCUGCUAUUCGCACUUUAAGAUGGGAGAUAAGGGGCUUCCGUGCAAAGAUUGGAAAUAAUGAGUGCUUGCUUUGUUGCAUUGACUUCCUAUUCCAUCUUGUGGAAACACUUGUUCGAUUCUUCAACAAGUAUGCAUAUGUGCAGAUAGCAGUUUCUGGCAAAAGCUUUAAUCAUUCGGCAAGAGAUGCAUGGGAAUUGUUUCAAUCAACUGGGGUUGAAGCUCUUAUUGCAUAUGAUUGUUCUGGCGCUGUUCUUUUGAUGGGAACUGUUUUGGGAGGGCUAAUUGCCGGAACAUGUGCAGGAGCCUGGACUUGGCUAAGAUCAAGUGACAGAGUUUUAAUGGUAGGCUCCACCUCCAUGCUGAUGGGGAUGGUUUUGGUCGGAUUGGCAAUGGUGGUAGUGGAAGGUGCUGUUACAGCUUUGUAUAUAUGUUAUGCCUUGGAUCCUCUACUCAUUCACAGAUGGGAUGCUGAGUUUUUUAACCAGAUGUCAGAAAUGCUUCAUCAGCGCCUGCAACACAGGAGUGCUCGAGGUCGACAAGUCUUGACCCACAAUACACUUGAUACACAUAUACCUAAUCAAUUGGCUUGAUACAUUUAUUCUUGAUGCUCGUGUCUUUUGUAUGUUGUUUGUAGUUUCUGUAAGUUAAUCAUGUAUAGAUGCAGUAAAGGCUGCUGCUUUUUCCUUUCCCCAUUAUGUGCUUUUCUUUCUCUGUCCUCCCCUGUUUGUAAAAUCUGUUAAUGGUGUAUGGUUGUUGUGAUUGAUUAAUGCCUAUUGCAGUAAUGCAUUAGCAAUUUAGUGUCCCUCA